AUGCCUCUAUCAAAGGUGGAGCACUAUCUAUCAUACCAUGCGCGCUUACUGCUACCCCAUGUUUUGUCUCUCCAGUCAUCACAUCGUAUCGCAUACAUCUUUUCGCUAUUAUCUGCGGUGUCAGCUGGUUUUAUUACUUUGAUAUCACUUUACUCUCAACCAUGGCAGAAACAUUUAAAUUAUUCGUCAUGGCAAAUCAACACCAUCGCUAGUAUGACUAAUUUGGGAAUGUACUUAACGCCACCAAUACUGGGAAUGAUCGCUGAUUCCCAUGGCCCCAUUACCUUAAGUCUUCUAGCCAUUAUAGGAUUUAUACCUAGUUAUUCAUAUCUGGCUUACGUCUUUAAUCAUCCGGAAUUAUCCCUCGAAGGGAAUGGUGACUCAUCAUUUAAUCUGUCAAUAAUUUGUUUUAUUUUGAUAGGUAUAUCAACAAGUGCACUAUACUUUAGCGCUUUAUUGACAUGCACGAAGCUAUAUCCUCGUACAAAGCUGCUAUCGAUUAGUUUGCCAACUACAUGUUAUGGUAUUUCUUCUGUAGUCGGUUCCCAACUAUUAAGAAUCAAAUGGUUCUGGUCCUAUGACGUAUCCUCUUCUUCGUCCGAUAAUGAUUUAAAUUUGGGAAGAGUAUUUCAAACAUUUGCCUUGGUUUAUGUUGUCAUUGGGCUACUUGCAUGGAUAGCUACCAGCGUGGUAUCACUUUUGCAUUUCAAUGAAGAACAAGAUAACCAAAAACGGCUGGAUGAUCUAGCUGACGUUGAACAAUCACCACUGUUAGAACGAAACAGCCAUGUUCAGGAGAAGUUUGUCCAGACGAUGUUAAGAAUAUUUAGCGAUCCUGUGACAUAUAUCCUAGCGGUGUCAAUUAUGUUAUCGCUGGGGCCACUCGAGAUGUUUAUUGCCAACAUGGGAUCACUAACUAAUCUGCUACUCCAAGUCGAUGCGCCAACCCUAUCUACAAAGUUGUUAUCCACAUAUGCAUUAUCUUCUACUUUUACAAGGCUACUCACAGGCAUAGUAGCAGAUUUUUUCGCCAAGAAGAAAAUAUCAAUUAAAUGGAUUCUAUUGACUUUCCUUUCAUCAGGAGUAUGCGCACAGCUGUUUUUAUUGAAAAUGACUUCUUCGGCAUCAUCCUGGGGGUUAGUACCUACCGGAUCGUUGGUUGGAGUCGUAUAUGGUGGGUUGUUCACUGUUUACCCGACGUUGGUGUUGUUAGUAUGGGGCGAACGUUCAUUCGGGACCGUUUAUGGUAGCCUACUAAUUGCACCUGCGAUAGGUUCUAUGAUAUUUUGCAUGUUGUAUGCCAAAUUUUACGAUUCUCGCUGUAUGAGCGGUGGUGGAGAUCUGCGGAAUUCGUCUUGCAUUUCAGCUGUCUACAAGUACAGCAGUGUCGCAUUCGUUGCAUCCGCUAUUCUUUCAGCAGUGGUGUUUUGGAAAUUAAAAAGUAGAAAACUUAGAAUUUAA